AUGGGGAACUGGGGACGAUUUACAUAAGUAAGACGUGACUCGGUGUGGCAUCAAUAGAAAGUCGCCGUCGAACACUGUGCCAUCAAUAACAUUGACACUGAUCCGAUUCUACCAUUGAUCUCCUCGGCGGAGGAUACCUUUAAAAGACAUCUGGAAUACCGGAGCUUUCGCCAACUGCAAGAACUCUGAUAAUUGAAGAUUAAAAAGAAAAAAAUAAGAAAACUUAAUGUGAUUGAGUGACAAUUUGGCUUGAAAUUGGUAAUUUUGAUGAAAACUUUUACUGCAAAUAUUAAAAAAAACUUCAACGUGAUAAAGUGACACUUCGGCGUGAUUUUCUUAAUUUUAAUGUGCAUAAUUACGGCGUAAAGAUUAUAUCAAUUGUAACAUUCAACCACUUACUGUUGAAGCGCAAAAAGUGCAUGAAAUAUUUUAUAUUUUAAGCACCAUAAGGUAAUCAAGAAUAUAUGCUAAUGAGGGGAGAAAUGAAAACUUUGACACUAGGACAGUUACGGUGAUUGUGUAAUUUACGUUAACGUCGUGAAUAAAAUGCAAAAGUUCUGUACCUGACGCUUGGAGCUCGUUUUCUAUAUUUCUUAAGCAGAAACUCCCGUAUAUGAUAAAUAGUUGAGAAUAAUUUAGUGAUAAUAGGAGUAGAGAUCGCCGUAAAACAAUAAAAAAACUGUUGUUAAAACGCGCAUAUUUAAGUAGCAAAAUCGGGACGAUGUAUGGAACGUUACCGCACUGACAGUUUGCGGAUUAUUUUUACAGAGGUGUUGUUUUUAGACGCCAAUGGUGCAUGAGACACGGGACACGAGGCGGUGAAAUUCUUACAAAUGAGAAAUAAAUAAUUCUAGACAACCAUUUUGCAAAGGGAUGCAUGAUUCUAGCUUAGACAUUUUUGAUCGAAGACCGUUACAUUAGGAUCGAUAUGUUUGAGUAAUUGUGCUGUGAUAAGUAAACAACAAGUAAACUUAUUCUAUUGGAAAUUCAAUUAACAUCUGACACGCGGGGACUUAGAACAAAUUCCAGGCGUUUAUUAAAUAUGCAGAGUUAUGUAAUAUCAUACCAAGGAGAGAUUGUUAAGAAGCGAGUUUAGUGCAUUUUGCCCCAAAACGGGCGACGGCCAUAACAUAGAAUCGCAAUUUUGAAGAAGGGAUUAAGUGCGCACUACCCUGAAGAGGUCUAUCAAAACAGGGCAUUAUUUCUUAAAUAGAAUUGCGGGCUUUUACCAAGGAGUGGGCUGAGUACGAUCACUAUGGACAUGCUAUAUUUCGGGGACUCGGUGCCCUACUCCUACCAGGGGGCCUACAAGCAGGGGUUCGGCUACACCCCUGGGGAAUUCAACAACUCCUGCGCCUACCAGUCUGUCGGCAUGGGUCUGAGCGACAUGACCGCCUGUCGGUACAGCUCCCUUCCCGCUAUGUCGUCGGCAUACGGAAUGUACGCCUUCCAGCAGGCCAAUUGCGCGAACCUGUUUGCAAGAAAGGCCGGUCGGAUCAAAGGUCAUGGCGGGGUGAACCAGUUGGGUGGGGUAUUUGUGAACGGGCGGCCCUUACCGGAUGUCGUUAGACAGCGCAUUGUGGAGCUCGCGCACACGGGCGUUCGUCCGUGCGACAUCUCGCGCCAGCUCCGCGUCUCGCACGGUUGUGUGAGCAAAAUACUCGGCAGGUAUGGCCAGCAGAAAUACUACGAGACGGGUUCUAUCAAACCUGGGGUGAUCGGCGGCUCCAAGCCAAAGGUGGCGACACCGGCGGUCGUGGACGCCAUCACGCACUACAAGGUGGAGAACCCGACCAUGUUCGCUUGGGAGAUCAGGGACCGUCUGCUCGCCGAGAACGUCUGCACGAAUGAUAACGUACCCAGUGUCAGCUCUAUUAACAGAAUUGUCCGAAAUCGGGCGUCAGAGAACGCUCGUGGGAAGAACGACGGCGGCUCCCCAGUGUCUGAUGGCGUCACCCCGCACGGAAGCCCAAACGGCCAGGGUGCCUACACAAUACAGGCAAUCAUGGGGCUCCAGGGUACCACGCCUCCUCUAACAGACCAGAACGGGAACACCGGCGGUACCAAGCGGAAGCUGGAUGACACAGUUUCAAACGGACAUGAUUCAGAUAUCAAGGCCGACCAGCAACUUCUCAACAACAAUAAUAUGGAUUUAUACUACGCCCAUCCGCCCUCUAAAACGGGAAGGACGGAAAACGGUGUUAUCAUGACAGACCAACAAGGCCAGGCGGUGGUCAUGUCAAACGGUCAGCUCUACCCCUCGGGCGCCACCCAGGGGCUCCAUCCGCCCCCGUAUUACGUGAGCGCAAACCCCAAUCCCUCACCCAUUAAACAAGAAUACGCAUCCUCUCCCUCCCUUGAGGAACAAGCACGAGGACAACAAGUUCAGCAAAACGAUAUACAGUCCAAUAUAGCUCACAAUAGAAAUUUAGCCGCCAGAGGGCCCUCACCAAUAGAUGCCCAGAACUCGCAACCAGAGAGCCAGCCCCCUGCAUAUGAAGCAGGGACGCAUAAUACUGAGGCGGGUACGGCCAACUCGGCACCGGGCAUGACCAAUGUCCCCACUCCCGGGCACACGCCAUCCCCUAAACCAGGGACCCCUCACAACGGGGACCUUACUGAACUCACCCCUGUUCAGCCAUCUUUGAGUCAAGCUUAUACGCCAUUACCAUCUUUCCCCGCUCAAUUUUCAAGUCAAGGAAGCACAGGCUUCACGAGCGCCGUGUACACGAACCAGUCCGUCGUGGGCACGGCAGUUCCUUCCAUCGUCCUUCCACAAGUUACCUCCGCUGCUCAAUACACAGGCUCAAUGCCAGGUAACACGACAAGCGAGUACUACCAGCACACGGUGCCAUAUACCCAGUACCAGUCGGUCUCUUAUAAUAACCCUCAGUGGGCCGCCGUUAGGUACGGGCCCAGCGGAAUUAUAAAUCCUGAUUAUUAUUACCAGACGAAUGUAGGGGCACCUGGAUCCCGCACAGAACAACCCGCAGGUGUUCCUGCCAGCCCAGAGAAGUCGUAAACAUGGUCACCUCCAUUGCUGCAAAGAAACGAUGUGCCAUAAGAUAUCACGUGACAGACAAUACGUCAUAUUUGACAAGUGACAUAACAGGGUCGUGCAGUGUGUUCUGUAUAGAAAAUUGACACACAUUCUUAACACCGAUGAUGAUCUUGAAGAACUUGAGACUGGUGUCUGGUGUUCAAAGCUUUAAAAAUGUGACUAUAGAGUUACUUGUAAGAAGAAAUUUGUUGCAAUGGCAGAAAUGGAGGUCGCUUGUAUUCCAGAGCAGCCGACACGUGUUCAUAGAACCCGCGCAUGCACAUGUCUGAGUGACGAUUUGCAAUAUAUCCCUCCGAGUGUGUACGACAGAUUUGGACAGUUCGAAGUAACCAAUGCUUUGGUGCAGUUACCAUAGCAACUGUAUACAAACUGCUGUUUGACGAUAUACAUGUUCUCAUGUUUCUUAAAACACAUAACAUAUAUUUAGAUAGUUGCUUUAAUAUUUGCAAAUAGGUAAUAUCACAUGAAACCAUGUUUUUGUAGAGAAAAGCUCAGAUGUUUAUUUGUUAUUAUUUGUUUUAAAGUUUUAUAUUGUGACAUUUGUAAAUAUUUUAUACACACAUUUUGUAUUAUAGAAUUCAAUUAUGAUUUUUUUGCAACCAUUGCAAAUAUAAGGUACCGACACAUACUCAAAAUAUUGACAUAAUACUUGUUCAGAUUGUUUGGCCUGACAGGGUAGCCGUAGUGUAGUGUGUAACUGUGGUAUGUAUGGUGUACUAGUUGUGCCACGAAUGUUUUAUCGUUGCGAAAGAAAUUUCGUUGGAACAAAGUAAAUAUUCGUGGGAGUGUAGAGUGCAGGAACGACUGUGGAUUAGAUUAUGAAUGUUUUUAUUGUGUUUAUUCUUUGAUAAAAUAUUUUUGAUUUCAUUACUAUGUAAAACUAAAACAAUAUAACAUAUUCAGAGCAAUAUUUUUCUUAAAAGACUGGCAUUACUUUUUUCAUUGUAAAGGUUUUUCUUUCACAAGAAAACUUACAUCCAUACAAAGGAAAAUCAUCUAGUCUUUAGCAACGUUUUAUACUUUUAUAUUUUCAUAUGUUGAGUGACAUUUUAAGGCAUAAUUUCUAUAUCAGACUAAUGAACAUGCAAUUAAGUCAUACUUUUAAACUGACUUUCAAGUACUUACUUUUGUUCAUUUUGUUUGAAAAAUGGUAUGAUUGUAUCCAUUUUUCAGGGAAUAUGGUGUGAAUCUCAUUCAAACAUGAUUUGUUCAGCUUUACAUGCGUUUUCAUUGUUUUUAUACGCUCUUGAAAUUGUUCAGCUAUUACAUGACCUGAUUUAAAAGUCGUUUUUUUAAAAUAUUCAUACCAUAAUUUUCCAUGAUAAUUUUUAACUCAUCAUAUUAUACAUACCUGCAUGUAUAUAUGGAUACGAGUGAGAGUUUCCAAUGCUUACCACUAAAUUAUGUCAACUCUUGUAUCAAUCGCAAAAACUUGGCUAUUGUCCAAAGAAAUAUACUCUCUGAACUUGCCGCCGGAGAUGGCCGAGCUUGCCGGAGAUGGCCGAGUUUGCCGGAGAAGGCCGAGUAAUUACGAUUGCUCUGUUUAUUCCACCAUUCAAUGUGUUAUUGGCAAAAAACUGGUUUAUUUAAUGUCUUUAAAAUAAGCUAUUGAAAUACUCAUGGAAUUCUCUUUUUACAUGUACAUUUACACAUUUUCGUUAGAAAUAGCAUAAUGGUCACUCAUUUACCUAGAAAUAUUCAUCGACAGUGCAAUAUAAGAUAACCUUACUCAUUUCAAAACGUCGUGUAUCAUGGCUCCACACUUCUUGUUCAAACCAGUAACUACUAAAUGUGAAUAUGUGUUGAAAUCAGAUAAUACUAACUGUUCCAAGUGUUUCAAGUUUUGAUCUCAAAAAUAUGUCUGUUUGCAAUACUUUUAACAUUUCAAUGAUUGUAUGUAUAGAAUCUGACAAUGCCAGUUCAGUGACAAACAACUGAUAAAUAUUCGUUUCAUUUGUUUUUGCAGAGAAUCUAACCUUUACAGCGCUGUUUUAUAAUUAAAUCAAUUUCAUUUACUGCUUAACUUAAAGGAUUUUUAUUUAUAUCACUAUAGAAAGUCAGGGAAGAAAGCUAGACUCUUGCCAUAGAAUAAUGGUUCACCCAAAUAAUCUUGAACUAUGAUUUUUUGUGCUUUUGUAUAUUCUUUUCAAUUUGUCAUACUCUAAGCAAGAUGAAAUUUCAGUGAUAGGUAAAUAUGUUACGUUGUGGGAAAUGGGACUUCUACUUACGAAAGUUAUGUUAGAAAUUUACACAUCGAAAGUGCUACGUUUCUUUUGAUAUCAGAACUGUUUGUAUACAUAUAAAGUUUUAUAAGUUUGAUGGCGAGAUGAGAUUGCGCUGAUAGCACAGAGCUUGUGACAAGUUGAAUGUCGCUAGGAGUCGUUAUAAUUGUGUACAUGAAUACAUAACGAUUGUCAUACAAACUGUCAUAUAAUUUUAAGAAAAAUAAAUAUUUGUUACAUUGAA